AUGUCCGCGACGCUGGCGGAUCCGUAUAGAGACUAUGCCAUUGAUUACGCUCAUCAUGCCCACAGCAAACCGGAGGAACAGGAAGGGACCCUUGUCUACCAGACGCACCAGCCACAUAUACAACAUCACAAACAGGCCGAGUCUUCGUUUCAGCAGAGGGGGUCGCAUACCUCGGCCUUCGAGCAACACCAUGCGAAUGCGACCGUCCUUCCGGCAGCGAGCCAUCAACCAUCAGUACAUGAUAUCUCUCAAACGGUGGUCCUCACUCCGGCGCAGAUGCUCCCUCGACAGCUUCCCGUCCAUUAUACACCGUCGAAUUUUGAGCUGUCCUCCGCCCAACGCGGCAAGAAGCGACCUCGUUCCGAAACCGAGGGCGAUGGAGGCGAUCCUGACCACCAUGGGAUCAGACAACAGAUACCGAUCCUUGCCCCAGGCACUCCGGCUGAGAACCCGCAUUCACCUGGGAUACUCUUCCCCGUGCAUGGUGAAUCGUCCCAACACCAUCAAAUGCAAAGCCAUGACUUUGGGCCCCCAGAUUCAGUGGCCCUCCUACAACAGCAUCACCACCAUCGCCUCCCUUCUCACACAUCGCUGCGCGACACCCAACGUCAUGGUCUGAAUGUGGAAUCGUCACCAACUCCCGCCGGGCCACCAAGCGUUGUAGGCCAGCCUGGGAUGCCUGAUCCAGCUCCAAGGCCUCGGGGGCCCAAGCUCAAGUUCACACCAGAGGAGGAUGCAUUACUAGUCGAGCUCAAGGAAAACAAAAACCUGACGUGGAAGCAAAUAGCUGAUUUUUUCCCGGGGCGAACGAGUGGCACGUUGCAAGUGCGCUACUGCACCAAACUGAAGGCGAAAGACGUGGUAUGGAGCGAUGAGAUGGUGCAACGACUACAGCGUGCCCUCCGGGAAUACGAGAAUGAUCGGUGGCGGAUCGUUGCGGGAAAGGUUGGUAAUGGCUUUACACCAGCAGCUUGUCGAGAGAAGGCAAGUCAGCUCGAAGAACUACAAUAG